AUGUUUAGAAGCAAAAUAAGGAUACACACAUGUCGAAUAAUUUUACUCACAUCAUUAGUGUGGUUAUUAGUUGAUGUUGCCUUGUUAGCACUGUAUUCAGACUGUUUUGGUGAUGGUUGGGAUUGCAAUAAAAAUAAAAAUCUAAAUAAUGACUACACGAUAAAGACAAAUGAUGAGUACAAAGGAAAGAAGGCGGCCAUAGCGGCAGCUUUACAGAAAGAUGAAGAUUUUGAUGAGGCAAAUUUAGAAGAGAAUGAAGUGGAACAUGAUAUGGGUGAUGAUGGCUUAUUAUUACCGCCUUAUCCAAAAUCGCAGCUAAGGAGAUGGGCCCCGGCACCAUUUGUUAAACCACAAGAAGAAACUCCCGGUGAAAUGGGUAAGGCGGUUAACAUACCGAUUGAACAAGAAAAAGUUAUGUUGGAAAAGUUCCAAGAGAAUCAGUUCAAUUUGCUCGCGAGUGAUAUGAUCUCACUGAACAGAUCACUCACUGAUGUUAGAUUUGAAAAAUGUAAAGCCAAACGCUAUCCGACACUAUUGCCGACGACGAGUGUAGUUAUAGUUUUCCAUAAUGAAGCGUGGACUACACUACUUAGGACAAUAUGGAGUACAAUCAAUCGGUCUCCCAGACCGCUGUUGAAGGAAAUCAUUCUCGUCGACGAUGCCAGCGAAAAAGAACAUCUUGGUAAGAAAUUGGAGGACUAUAUAAAGACUUUGCCAGUUUCUACCCGGUUGUUCCGUACAGAGAGCCGGUCGGGUUUGAUUCGAGCCAGAUUAUUAGGAGCCAAACACGUUAAAGGGGAUGUCAUAACAUUUUUGGAUGCGCACUGUGAAUGUACCGAGGGAUGGCUGGAACCGUUGUUAUCAAGGAUCGUAGAGGACAGAAGUACGGUGGUGUGUCCUAUUAUAGAUGUUAUAUCGGACACGACAUUCGAAUAUAUACAGGCGUCUGAUAUGACCUGGGGCGGAUUCAACUGGAAACUGAACUUUAGAUGGUAUCGUGUCCCAGAACGCGAGAUGCAGCGUCGUGGUGGUGACCGCACCGCGCCUCUCCGUACACCCACUAUGGCUGGUGGUCUAUUCGCCAUAGAUCGUGAAUACUUCUACAAGAUAGGAUCCUAUGACGAAGGGAUGGAUAUAUGGGGUGGGGAGAACUUGGAGAUGAGCUUCAGGGUAUGGCAGUGCGGCGGCGUGCUGGAGAUCGUUCCGUGCUCGCACGUGGGUCACGUGUUCAGGGACAAGUCCCCCUACUCCUUCCCGGGGGGGGUGCAGGCCGUGGUGUUGAAGAACGCGGCCAGAGUCGCUGAAGUGUGGAUGGACGAAUGGGGGGAAUUCUAUUACGCCAUGAACCCAGAGUCCUAUGAUAAAAUCGGUCGCAAAAUAUUGGUCCCAACCAAGCAGGUGUGGAUGUGCGGUGGUACCCUGGAGAUAGCUCCUUGCUCGCACGUGGGUCACGUGUUCAGGAAGACAACGCCGUACUCCUUCCCCGGAGGUACCGGCCGCGUCGUCAACCACAACAACGCCCGGCUAGCAGAAGUCUGGCUAGAUGACUGGAAACAUUUCUACUACAAUAUUAACCCAGGCGCUCUUAACGUGCCCGUGGGCGACGUGAGCGAGAGGAAGGCGCUCCGUGAGCGUCUCAAGUGUAAAAGCUUCAGGUGGUAUCUAGAAAACAUCUAUCCGGAGAGUCAAAUGCCUUUGGAUUAUUACUAUUUGGGAGAGAUACGGAACGCAGAAACAUCAAAUUGUCUGGAUACACUGGGAGGGAAGGCUGGUCAGCCGCUCGGUAUGGGCUACUGUCACGGAAUGGGAGGAAACCAGGUGUUCGCGUAUACUAAACGCAAGCAGAUCAUGUCAGAUGAUAAUUGUCUGGACGCCGCUCACCCUCGCGGACCAAUCAAGCUGAUACGAUGUCACGGAAUGAGGGGGAAUCAAGAGUGGACAUAUGAUACUAAGAGUCGUACAAUAAAGCACACUAACACAGGCAUGUGUCUCGACAAGCCGGAGUCCGCGGACGUGUGGAAACCUGUGUUGAGGAGUUGCGAUAGAUCGAGGGGCCAACAGUGGCUGAUGCAGGUCGACUUCAAGUGGCAGGCGAGGCGUACCAGCUAG